GCGGUGCUGCUACAUGAUGAACAGACAGAGGAGCUAGAGGAGCAGUUGUGUAAUCCGCAUCACUGAGGAUCUGAUUUGGACGGAGCAGGAAGCAACAGACACUUUACAGAAGGAACUCAAUCACUUUAAACAUGGAAAAAAAACACACCAUUAACUUCGGCGCUGGACCUGCAAAACUACCACAGUCUGUGCUGUUACAGGCGCAGAAAGAACUGCUCGACUAUAAUGGUAGCGGAGUCAGUGUCCUGGAGAUGAGCCAUCGGUCGUCAGACUUCACCAAGAUCAUGAACACCACAGAAAACCUGUUGCGGGAGCUACUGAGUAUCCCAGACAACUACAAAGUCAUGUUCUUCCAGGGGGGCGGGACGGGCCAGUUUAGCGCCGUCCCCCUCAAUUUGAUUGGUCUAAAGGAGGACAGGUGUGCUGAUUACCUAGUGACGGGCACCUGGUCGUCCAAUGCUGCCAAGGAAGCUGAGAAAUACGGCAAGGUCAACGUGGUUCACCCCAAACUGGACACCUACACCAAGAUCCCUGACCCCAGCAGUUGGUCGUUGACCCCUGGAUCGUCCUACGUGUAUUACUGCUGCAACGAGACAGUGCACGGCGUGGAGUACAACUUCAUCCCCGAAACCCACGGAGCCGUCCUGGUCUCUGACAUGUCAUCUAACUUCCUGUCCCGACCCGUCGACGUCUCCAAGUUUGGGCUGAUCUUCGCUGGGGCUCAGAAGAACGUGGGCUGUGCUGGUGUUGCUGUGGUGAUCGUGAGAGAGGAUCUCAUUGACCACGCCCUGACGGAGUGUCCCAUUGUCCUUAACUACCAAGUGCAGGCUAAGAACAACUCCCUGUACAACACACCAGCCUGCUUCAGUAUCUACAUCAUGAGUCUGGUUCUGGAGUGGAUAAAGAACAACGGAGGUGUUGACGCCAUGGAAACGCUCAACAAGAAGAAGUCCAGUAUGAUCUAUGAUAUCAUCAACUCCUCCAACCACUUCUACACGUGUCCGGUGGACGUGGCGUGUCGUAGUCGUAUGAACGUUCCGUUCCGCGUGGGGAAGAAACAGGGUGACGAAACUCUGGAGAAGGAGUUCCUGGAUGGAGCCUCCAAACUGGGGAUGAUCUCACUGAAGGGGCACAGGUCAGUGGGAGGAAUACGUGCGUCUCUCUACAACGCUGUGACAGUGGAAGACGCUCAGGCUCUGGCCAAUUACAUGAAGGAGUUCCUCAAGGAGCACCAAUAGGAGAAGGCCAUACACCAUGCUGGACCAAUCAGAGCAGGCUAUGCUGCUGGAUCUGUGGGACCAGGGUUCAGUAAGGUGAAACAUUCACAACGUUACAGAUGGAGAUGCACUGAAUAGAGCCAAUCAUAUUGCACCUGACAGCCAAUCAUAUUGUACCUGACAGCCAAUCAAAUGAAAUGAUAUUAGUUACAUGCGCUGAAUACAACAGGUGUAGACCUAACAGUGAAAUGCUUACUUACGAGCCCCUAACCAACAGUGCAGUUUAAAAAAUAUGGAUAAGAAUAAUAGAUAAUACUAACAAGUAAUUAAACACACUGACCCCAGACCAGCUCAACACACUGACCCCAGACCAGCUCAACACACUGACCCCAGACCAGCUCAACUCACUGACCCCAGACCAGCUCAACACACUGACCCCAGACCAGCUCAACUCACUGACCCCAGACCACAUGUUGUAUCAGCUCAACUGACCCCAGACCAGCUCAGCUCAACUUACCCCAGACCAGCUCAACUCACUGACCCCAGACCAGCUCAACACACUGACCCCAGACCAGCUCAACACACUGACCCCAGACCAGCUCAACACACUGACCCCAGACCAGCUCAACACACUGACCCCAGACCAGCUCAACUCACUGACCCCAGACCACAUGUUGUAUCAGCUCAACUGACCCCAGACCAGCUCAACUCACUGACCCCAGACCAGCUCAACACACUGACCCCAGACCAGCUCAACACACUGACCCCAGACCAGCUCAACACACUGACCCCAGACCAGCUCAACUCACUGACCCCAGACCACAUGUUGUAUCAGCUCAACUGACCCCAGACCAGCUCAGCUCAACUUACCCCAGACCAGCUCAGCUCAACUUACCCCAGACCAGCUCAACUCACUGACCCCAGACCAGCUCAACACACUGACCCCUGACCACAUGUUGUAUCAGCUCAACUCACUGACCCCAGACCAGCUCAACUCACUGACCCCAGAUCAGCUCAACUCACUGACCCCAGAACAGCUCAACUCACUGACCCCAGAACAGCUCAACUCACUGACCCCAGACCAGCUCAACUCACUGACCCCAGACCAGCUCAACUCACUUAAUUUGAACUACUGGCCACAGUCAGUCGUAGAUAUCUCCAAUCUCUCCAGACUGUUUAACUCUCUGUGUUACUAGUAGUAGAACCCAUGGGUUCGGGGUGCCAUGUGGGUCAGACACCAUAGAGGAUAUAUAUAUAUAUAGCUCUGGUGAGGUGCACUUUUUACCAGAGUGUUGGAAAGGCAAUGUCACAUCUCCUUAAUUAACCACUUUGACAUUGUCUCUGUCGCUCGUUAGCUCCAGCUGUGUCACGUCAGUGGAUUUACUCCAGACGAUUAGGGCAUUGAUUUACAUAGAUAAAUGUUGAAUCUGUUUUUCUGUCUAAAGUGUCAUUGACAUUCCAUUAAAGACUAACUCUGUAACUUGUAA